AUGCUUGCUGGGGCCGCGUUUUCCUCGGCUCUUGUAUUCGGGGCGUUCAUCACCCGCGCCGAAGCCCAUGGCUACCUCGAACAGCCCAAGCCGUCGUGGAAGGAUGACAGCCAAUCGUACGGUCUUGACAAGAUGAUUUGGCCAAUCCAAAUGGUCGAGGUUGUCGGAGGUCGGAGAUUUUAUGUUAUGGUAGACAACUACUGGGACAUCGGAUCCGGCGGUGAUCAGGUCGGCAAGUUCAAGACGAUGGCAAAGGAGAAGAGCAUGUCUAGUGUUGGAUAUGGUCAAGGGACAGAAAUGCGGAAACACCCUGGAAAACGGCGACGCGCAGCCCGUUCCAUCCGACGCAACAGUCAAGUGGCUGGGCAAUGGUGGUGGUGGCUUCACCCACACUGGGCCCUGUGA